AUGUUCACUAAAAUUUUAAUCUUAACUUCCGUCUUGGCGGCGUGCACUGCAGAGGAACACGUUUACAAAUAUAGACCAGUACAUCGUGAGGAAAUUAAGGAAUACAGAUAUCCGCAACAUUUGAGCCGUGAUCCAGCUCCUAUUCACGAGGAAGAGUCUCAACAUUCAUCAGAGAGUCACAGCCAAGUACACCACCCCUUGUCUUCCCAGAGCAUUGUUCACUACCCAGCAGUGAAGGAGGAACAACAAUCCCGGGAAGUUUACGAGUACGCUGAAGAACCUGCUUACAAGCAUUACUACCAGGGCCAUGAGCCUUCCCACGUUCAGGAGGCCCACGUGCAAAACGUACAUGUAGCCAAAUAUCCCGUUCACCAUGAAGUUGCCGCGCAUGUGCCUCAGCAUGAAGUGAAAUACGUGCAUGUUCCCGUCCACCAAUACCAACAUUCGCAGGAGUCAGCGCACGAAACACCUGUCUACCAACACUCCGACGUUCAUUCUCACGAUGAGCCUAUCGACUAUUAUGCUUACCCCAAGUACCAAUACGAGUACAAAGUAGAGGACCCUCAUACCGGAGACAACAAGUUCCAGCAUGAGGUUCGUGAUGGAGACAGCGUGAAGGGAGUAUACUCCCUCCAGGAAGCUGAUGGCUCCGUGAGGACUGUGGAAUACACCUCUGAUAAACACCAUGGAUUCAACGCCGUUGUUAAACAUUCUGCCCCCGGCCAACACGUACAUAUUGAGAGCCAUCACCAGAACUAG